AUGAACGUUCCGAGUUACCAUCACCAUGGCGAAUCCACCGGUAGACACCAUGACUCGCACGACAUCGCAAUGACCGAUCUCAAAGCUGAUGAUAAAAAGGGAGAAUUCGUAGACGUCGAACAUUAUGACACUACCGAGUCCAAGAGCGGCCCCCCUCAGAUGCGCUCCAAAGCUGACGAUCUCACUGUCUGGCAAAGCGUCAAGCGGUACAAGCUGGUGUCACUAGUCGCUAUGUGUGCGGCAUUCAGCGCCUCGCUGGAUGGUUAUCAAAUUACCCUCAACAGCGGUAUCGUGUCCAACAAGGGUUUCAUUAGGCAGUUCGCGGCCCCUGGCACAACGAUCAUCAAGGGCAAAUACGUCUCUGCAUGGGGUGGCAUACAAUCUGCUGGCCAAACCAUUGGUCAAAUCGCAAGUCUCCUUUGCAAAGGUUUUACAGCUAGGUUCCUCCAAUACGCUACCGAAGCAUUCGGUCGUAAAGUCGCCUUUUGUGUCUUCUUCGUAGUAAGCAUCUUUGUCGAAUCAAUCGCUACUCGCUGGGAUCAUUGGCUGGUCGCUAAGCUUUUCUCUGGGGCUGUGUGGCCAUGCUGCCUCCUCAUCAACGCAUACAGCUUCUGGUUCGUCAUUGGUCAGCUCUGUGGGGCUAUAUCCCUCAACAGGCUCAAUGCCAUUGACCCAUACGACUUCCGGACUCCAAUCUAUACUCGGUGGGCGAUGAUUGGAGCGAUGAUCAUCAUCUUCCUCCUGAUCCCAGAAACGCCUUGGUGGCUUGCGGGUAAGGAAAAGCUGGAUAAGGUGGCGAAAGUGCUCCUGAAGUACAACGGCCACAUCGAAGGCUACAAUGUUCAGGAAACAAUCGAUGUCAUGACCGCUACCAAGAUCACGCAGCAAUUUGUUGGGCGAGCGUUUUCAAUACCUACUCGACCUAUUUCUGUUUUCUUCGCCUGUCUAGCCACGUUCUCCAUCACUGGCGUCUCCGCUAUCGGCUAUGCCUACGCUGCCGAAGUUCCCCAACAGCGUCCGCGCGCACAAACUGUAGGUUGGGCCCUGGCCUUGUCCAAUCUCAUCGCCAAAAUGUUCAGCUUCUGUACGCCAUUGAUGAUUAAUGGCUCUCUCACAAAAUGGGAUGUUAAAACGGGCUUCUUCUUCGCUUGCACUGGUGCGAUCGCGGUUAUUGUUGCCUGGUUUACGCUUCCUGAGGUGGCACGCCGCACACCUGGUGAAAUUCGGUGCUCGUUUGAAAAGAAGGCCAAUCCCCGCAAAUUCAAGAAGUACGUCACCGAUGUUCAGAUACACGCGGACGCGCAGCACAAGAAAGAAGAGCUAAAGGUGGGGAGAUGGUGCGAACAGAACGUCCGAAGGAAGAGUCAAAACAGCCAUCCUAAAAUCAUGGUGUCUCCUUCAAAUCAGAUUCUCGUUGCAAGAAACUCCACUGAUACAGCAACAAAUAACGAUAUCGUUUACCUUCCGGCACAGUAA